GACACAGAGGAUUAUAAAGCGCAUGAUUUCUAUCCAUUACAAUCAAUUUUCGAAGGAAAACAUCUCUGUCGAUGUAAAAAGUACAGAGACCCUCCGCAGUCCUAGUAAAUUUGUCUCAGAAACUGACAUUUCUCCAGACAAAUGAUCGAGUGUGAAUAAGCUCUCUCCACCCACCCAAGCCAAUAAAUCUCUUUUGAAUUCCAGCCAUCAUAAUCCGACUUAAAUUGUUUGGAUCAUUUGGUAAUGGAAUCCAAUUCAGCUGACAUUCUACCUCUCUCUGGCUGGUUGUUGGCCCUAAAUAAGAGGACUGUAGCUGCCGAGGAACACAUCUGUUCAUCAGUUCCAGUGGAAAUGUUCAACCACUACUUGUUCUACAUUACUCGCUUGAAAGAGGAAUGCCCAUUUUGAGGGGAGGUCUGGUUGGAUGAAAAAUUGAUACACAUUUAAAUGGGAGGCCUUGUUAGAUCAGAAAAUGGAUGCCCAUCUAAUGGGCGGCAAUUGGGCGGGCUAGUUACACUCAUUCAAAUCAGAAGCCUUAUUCUAUCAGAAAAUAAGCGCUGUCGCUUGGAGGGCUUGCUAGAGCAGGGACAGAAUACCCUUUAGUUUGGAGAUUUUGCCUAUGUCCUGUAAUCUGCACAAAUGGUGUUUACAGGUAUUGGUAAGUUUCUUGGGAUUAAUGGAGUCCCAAACCAAAGCAACCAGGAUAAUUCUGUACAGCAGGAUCUUUUGAGUGGGAUGCCUUUCAGAAACAACAUCCAUGAGAGGAACAGGGAUGCAGGGUUUAGGAGAAAAAUUGCCAAAUGUUUUGGGGACUGUCUUCCAGGAGCUAAGUUUCUGAUAGAUGUGAGGGCCGGUGAGCAGGAGAAGGUGCAUCUCUGGUUAUCCACUAUGGCAAGGACAGAAAGCAGCCUGGUCCUCGAGUAUGUGCAUUCUACCGAGAGAGGUCUCAGUUUCAAGGAAGCAGAAGAGCGUCUAAAGGAAGCUGGCCCAAACAAUCCCGUCGAAAAUCUUUUGUCUUCUCGGUGGCAAAUCUUCCUGACUGCAUUAUGGCAUCCGUUCAAUAUUGUACUUGUUGUCUUAGCUGCACUUUGUUUUGUAGCAAAUGACAAGGCCAAUGGAAGCAUAUUGGUCGUUAUGGUUACUAUAAGUGUUAGUGUUCGGUUUUACCAGGAGUUCAGAAGUUCAGUGGCUGCACUAAAGCUGUCCGAGCUAGUCAAAGUAUCAAUAAAGGUGCAACGAUGUGCAGGCAGGGAUGUCCAGACAGAGUUGCAAGUUCAAAUUGAAAAGAAAGAUGUUGUACCAGGAGAUAUCAUAAUUUUCAAUGCUGGGGAUAUUUUUCCUGGUGAUGUAAGGUUGUUAUCAUCCAAGUCUCUUGUUGUGAGUCAGUCCUCACUCACAGGUGAAUCUGGGACUGUGGAGAAAUUUGCUGAUGUCAUAGAAGAAACAACUACUCCAUUGCUUGAGCUGAGAAAUAUAUGCUUUAUGGGAACAAGUGUAGUUUCAGGCUCUGGUACUGGAGUGGUUGUGUCCACUGGUGACAAAACUUACCUAAGCACUAUACUUUCUACUCUGGGAAGACGCAGUCCACCACAUGCGUUUGAGAAGGGUGUAAAGGGUGUCUCCUAUGUGCUCAUUUGUUUUAUGCUUGCUGUUGUCCCCAUUAUAUCAAUGGUGGCUUAUUUUACAAAAAGAAAUUUGGUUCGCAGUAUUGUUUUUGGUAUAUCAGCGGCAGUUGGGCUCACACCUCAUAUGCUACCCCUAAUUGUGAACACCAAUCUAGCAAAAGGAGCACUUGCAAUGGCGAGAGAAAAGUGCAUUGUGAAAAGGCUGGUGGCAAUUCAGAAUAUGGGAGUCAUGGACAUACUUUGCACAGAUAAGACUGGAACUCUCACCAUGGAUAGAUUAGUGGUGGUUCAUCAUCUUGACUGCUGGGGCAUGUCAAGUGAUAAAAUUCUGUAUUUUGCAUUUCUUAAUUCCUACUUUCAGAACGGGUCCACAAAUCCUCUGGAUGAUGCAAUAUUGGCAUAUUCUUACACUGGUGGGUACAGAUUUCAGCCUACAAAAUGGAUAAAAAUAAAUGAAGUUCCUUUUGAUUUCAGUCGACGAAGAACGUCUGUCGUACUGGAGGAGAGUAAUGAUGAUCAGGUCAGUAGAAAAAAACAUGUUUCUCAUAUGGAGAGAAUAAUGGUGCUGAAAGGAGCUUAUCAAGAAGUUCUAGAGGUUUGCAGUUUUGUUCAGAAUGACAUUAAUAAGGACAUUAUAGAGCCUCUAUCUUCAGAGGAUUAUCAGAGAUUAGUUAACAUGGCCGAAGAACUGAGCAAUGAUGGCCUGCGGGUUAUUGGUGUGGCAACAAGAAAACUGAAGCCGGCAAUCUUGCAAAAUGGUUGUAAUGAUACUGCUGAAGAGAACAUGGUGUUCAUUGGCUACCUGGCAUUUUUCGAUCCCCCAAAGGAAUCUGUCAAGGAGGCUCUUUGGCAUCUUGCAGAAAAGGGCGUCAAGGUUAAGGUAUUGACAGGGGACACUCUUACUGUUGCAAUUAAUGUAUGCAAAGAAGUUGGAAUAUGCACAACAAAUGUUAUUACUGGGCCUGAGCUUGCAUUGCUCGAGGACGAAAGCUUCCAUGAUGUUGUUAGAAAGGUGACUGUUUUAGCAAAGCUCACACCCAUACAAAAGCUGCAGGUGGUUGAAUCGCUGAAAAUGGGAAAGCACAUUGUGGGCUUCCUUGGUGAUGGACUCAAUGAUUCCUUAGCUCUCAAAGGUGCAGAUGUGGGAAUCUCAGUGGACUCGGGAACAUCUGUUGCCAAAGAUCUAGCUCAAAUAAUUCUACUAGAAAAGGACCUUAAUGUUCUUGUUGCCGGAGUUGAAUGUGGUCGAAUAACGCAUGGUAAUAGCAUGAAAUACAUACAAAUGGCGGUUGCAGCCAACUUAGGGACUGUAGUCUCUAUGAUUGUUGCAUGUGCUUGUCUUCCAUUUGAUCCUUUGACACCAGUGCUGCUCUUGGCCCAAACCCUCCUUUAUGACUUGAGCCAAAUUUUCAUUCCUUGGGACAAAAUGGAUCCAGAAUAUGUUAAAAUACCCCAUCACUGGUCGGCAAGUGAUAUAGUUACCUUUAUGUUGUGGAAUGGUCCUACAAGUAGCAUAUUUGAUAUUGUUACGUUCCUUUUUCUCUGUCAGUAUUAUGAUGCAAACACAAGGCCCAAACAAAAUUUCUUUCAUUCAGCCUGGUUUGUGGAGGGACUUCUUAUGCAAACUCUCAUCAUUCACAUGAUGAGGACAGAGAAAAUUCCUUUCAUUCAAAGUAGGGCAUCAUGGCCAGUGACAUGCGCGACUGUGAUAAUAUCUGCAAUAGGUAUAGCACUUCCGUAUUCCGUGAUUGGCAAAAUAAUGGGCAUGGAGAACUUGCCAUUUUCCUACUUUGGUUUUUUGGUUAUAGCUAUCUUGGGUUACUUCUUUGUCGGCCAGCUGGUGAAGAUGGCUUACAUUUAUGUUUUCAAAAGAUGGCUGUAAGUCUCGGAAUUAAUGAACAAAUAUUUGUGAAUGUUUGUUGGCAGUCUGCUAGAUACCUGACAUGCUAGUUUCAAUUUUAGAAGUUUGUUACAAUAAAAUUUUAAUUUUGCAA